GUGCAAUAUAUGUAUAUAUAUAUUAGAACAACAACAACAAGAACAUGAAAUAGUGUAAUACUAGUGUAGUAAAGUGAACUGAGAUUCAAUUCAGAUCCACGAAUUGAUUUCAAUGUUAGUCCAAGAUCGCGUCUUGCCGAAAUCCCCAAAAUUGGAUCAAAGAAAACCGCCAAGAUUAUCUCUCCGUUCCAAUAGAUUCUCCGAAUCAAAAAGUCUCGAUUUCUCCACAUGGGUAUCUGCCAAUUUCUCCAAAGUUGUUACAAUCAGUCUUCUGAUUCUCACCCUCAUCGCCGUUUUCUUCCUCCGCAACGUAGGCAACACAGCCGCGUUACUCUGUUUCCAAUCCAAAACCCAACAGCUCGAGAAGAUUGAGUUUCCACGUGUUAAUUGGAACAACAUCGAACCCAUUAUCGAUAAAUCAAGUCCUUACUCGAAUUUCCAUUCAGAAAAUUGGAUCGUUGUUUCAGUUUCGAAUCAUCCUACCGAUUCGCUUCGGAAUUUAUUGAAGAUUAAAGGAUGGCAAGUUCUUGCUAUUGGAAACUCAAAAACACCUCCUGAUUGGAACUUAAAAGGUACUAUAUUUCUUUCAUUAGAACAGCAGGUUAAGUUAGGGUAUAGGGUUAUCGAUUACUUGCCAUAUGAUUCAUAUGUUAGAAAAUCUGUUGGGUAUUUGUUUGCAAUACAACAUGGUGCAAUUAAGAUCUUUGAUGCUGAUGAUCGUGGGGAUGUGAUUGAUAAUGAUAUUGGUAAACAUUUUGAUGUUGAAUUGAUUGGUAAAGAUGCUAGACAAGAUGUUAUACUUCAAUACAGCCAUGAAAACCCAAACCGAACUGUUGUAAAUCCAUACAUUCAUUUCGGGCAAAGAUCGGUUUGGCCGAGAGGAUUACCAUUAGAAAACGUAGGCGAAAUUUCUCGUGAAGAAUAUUACACAGAAGUGUUAGGUGGGAAACAAUACAUACAACAAGGAACAUCAAACGGUCUCCCUGAUGUUGAUUCUGUAUUCUACUUCACUAGGAAAUCAGGUUUGGAACCUUUCGAUAUUCGGUUCGAUGAUCAUGCCCCUAAAGUCGCUCUGCCUCAAGGCAUAAUGGUACCGGUUAAUUCCUUUAAUACCCUAUAUCAUUCAUCUGCAUUCUGGGGAUUGAUGCUUCCAGUUUCAGUAAGCACAAUGGCUUCUGAUAUCUUAAGGGGUUAUUUUGGUCAAAGACUAUUAUGGGAAGUUGGCGGUUUUGUUGUAGUUUAUCCACCUACGGUUCAUCGCCACGAUCGAAUUGAAGGAUACCCAUUUUCCGAAGAGAAAGAUCUUCAUGUCAAUGUAGGACGUCUGAUUAAGUUUUUACUAGAAUGGAGAUCUAAAGAGUUGCGGUUGUUUGAGAAGAUUCUAGAACUUAGUUAUGCUAUGGCUGAAGAAGGGUUUUGGACAGAUAAAGAUGUGAAAUUUACAGCAGCUUGGCUACAGGAUCUGUUGGCGGUUAGGUAUAGACAGCCAAGGCUAUUGUCGACACAUUUCGAUAGGGGAGAACGAGCCUAUAUUGGUUUUGGCGAUAGAAAGGGUUUCGUUCCUCAAAAGAUACCGUCUGUUCAUUUGGGGGUUGAGGAGAUUGGUACUGUGAAUUAUGAGAUUGGAAAUUUGAUUCAAUGGAGAAAAUAUUUUGGAAAUGUGGUGCUUGUAAUGUUUUGUAAUGGACCUGUGGAAAGAACUGCUUUAGAAUGGAGAUUGCUUUAUGGUAGAAUAUUCAAGACUGUUGUUAUUUUAUCAGAGAAGAAGAAUGUAGAUCUUGUUGUUGAAGAAGGUCAUUUGGAUCAUCUUUACAAGCAAAUUCCAUCAUUGGUUAAGAGGUUUACAAGUGCAGAGGGAUUUCUAUUUCUACAGGAUGAUACAGUCCUUAAUUACUGGAACUUAUUGCAGACUGACAAAUCAAAGCUUUGGAUCACCGACAAGGCACACAAGUCAUGGACACAUGUGAAACCCGAGGGCAACUCUGAUUGGUUCGGGAAGCAACUAGAAAUGGUGAAUAAAGUUAUCAGUUCCAUGCCGGUUCACUUCCAAGUGAAGUAUAAGGAAUCCAUGUCAAAUGAAAACAACCAACUAGAGCUUUGUAGCUCGGAGAUAUUCUACAUCCCCCGACGUUUUAUAACUGAUUUCAACAAUCUUGUAGAUCUCGUGGGAGACCUAGACAUCCAUCAAAAAGUGGCAAUACCAUUAUUUUUCACAGCAAUGGACUUGCCUCAAAAUUUUGACCCGGUUUUUAACAGUAUGGUUUAUAAGGAAAAACUGGUGAGUAACUCGACAAGUUUUUACUCUGUGAAUGCAACCGCAGUUCACCCUUUCAAUGUAACAAGCGAACAGGAGUUUAUCAAGCUGAUCAGGAUCAUGGCUGCUGGUGAUCCCCUUCUAUUGGAAUUGGUUUGAAGGAAUUUGAGCAAUUAUAACCACUUAACUGCCAAAUUGUUUUUUUUUUACCAUUUUGAGUUCUCCCUUGUACCUUUAUUUUACCAAGGAAAAAAGGGGUUCUUUAAAGUUUACUGAAGAAAUGAGGAGGGUUAAAAUGUACUUACUAAUCUGAUGUUUCAGAUUAUGUUAAAUGUGUAGGUUUAGCAAUGAAAACCUAAUGUGUUGUGUACAUGUAUGUUUGUUUGUUCCAGUUAUAAAUAGAUUUCAUCAACUUGCAUCAAAUGUUUUUUUUUUUU